GCCACGACCUAUCCAGUGACCCGCGGCCAUAUUGGAGGUCACGCUUCGCCAUUGUUUGUUGACAUAAUAUUGUCCGAUAAUUGCCUGGUAUUUUCUAACAAAUGAAUGAGCAAAUAUGGAAAAAAAGACGCCCCGAAGCGAAGUGACGUAUCGUGACACACUGGACACUAUUUCAAAACAGAGAUACGACAAUAAGUUGGCUUUGAUUGGAAAUGAAGACCCGUACACUCUACCAAAGGAAAGAUGGUCACAGGAUGUUGACAAGUGGGCGGGCGUAACGUACCCUGACAUUUCGUUCUUUUUGUUAUACACAGCAAGUGCAUACACCCACGAGGAAAUAAAAUCUUACAAAGGAUUGGCUGCGUACAACCAGUUUGUCAACGGAUGGGUUCGGGAUGUUAAAGUUUGUGAAAUCAAUGGCGUCUGUCUACACACUGCACGGGUGAUGCAUUCACAGCGUCUGAACGAAAAACCUUUGGCACCAUGGGUGAUCAUCCAAACUGAUGGAAAAGUUUUAGCUGCACACUGUAACUGCAUGGCUGGAUUGGGAGAGGCAUGUACACAUAUCGCUGCAAUGUUGUUUUCAAUUGAAGCUACAUUUAAAGUCAGACAGGCAAGAACUGUCACAGAAACAAAAGCGUACUGGCUUCCAGCAUCAGUGAAAGGUGUAAAAUAUGCAAAAAUUAAAGACAUAGAUUUUACAUCUGCAAAGUCAAAGAAGAAGAAUUUGGAUGCACAGUUCAGUGACACACCAUCAUCCAAAAGAGGGAUUAUGCAACACAAACAGGUGGAACCGCCUACUGAUGAGGAAAUCAGGGGUUUCCUGCAGAAACUCAGCCAAACAGGGGCUCAGUCUGCAAUAUUGACUGUAAAGCAAGCGUUCCAGGCACCAUUUGUUCCAAAAGUGUUGGAUGAACAGUUUCCCAAGAUGUUGACUGAACUGUUGAGACAGGACAUGCUUCAGUCAUCAUUUAGUGAUAUCCUAAAAUAUUGUGAGGACAUUAAUGUCAAAGUUUCGAAGGAGGAAGCUGAAAGUGUUGAGAAAGCAACCAGACAGCAGGCACAAAGUAAACUGUGGAACCGCUUCAGAAGUGGUAGAAUAACUGCAUCUCGGAUGUAUUCUGUAUGCCACAGCAGCCCUGCAGCCCCUUCGGAAAGCCUUAUCAAAGCGGUAUGUAAUCCUGAGUCAGCAAAAUUUACCUCGACUGCAACAUCUUGGGGAUGUACUCAUGAAAAGGUUGCCAGGGAAACCUAUAAUGAAGCAUUACAAACUCUUCAUGACAACUUUGCGGUUGAGGCAGUUGGACUAACUUUAAAUCCAGACUUCCCCUUAUUUGGAGCCUCACCUGAUGGAACUGUGUCAUGUGAUUGCUGUGGAGAAGGAGUUGUGGAAAUCAAAUGCCCAUACUGUGUACGUUCGUCAAGCCUUGAUAUGUAUACUGGAGCAUCUUCAUGUCUUGAAGAAACAGAUGGUGAACGUAAAACAUUAAAGAAAAAACAUCCAUACUACUAUCAGGUACAGACUCAGAUACAUUUAUGUGGGAAAGAAUAUGCAGACUUUGUUGUGUGGACUGAGAGAGAAGUACACAUUGAAAGAAUUGAACCGGACAAUGAACUGUGGGAGGAAAUUAAAGAGAAGGCAGCUAGCUUCCAUGCCAUGGCUAUCAUGCCAGAGUUAGUUGGAAAAUUCUACUCCCGAAUAAACACAGCACCAUUGCUGUCAUUGAGAAAUGAUGGAGAAUCAAACCUCGCUGAUGCAAACAGACAGGACAUAUAUUGCUUCUGUCAGCAAGGGGAAACUGAUACGAUGGUAGCAUGUGACAACCAGAACUGCAAUUAUCCGUGGUUUCAUUUGUCAUGCCUUAAGCUGACAAAGUCGAAACUUCCUAAAGGAAAGUGGUUUUGUCCUGACUGUUCGCGUUUACCAGGAAACCGCAGGAAGAAGGGUGUAACAAAGAAAAGGAAAGAACAAUGACUUAAUUCAGUAUCAUUUUCAACAUAUUGAUGACGUCAGACAAAGCCUUUUUUCAUCAGCUCAGUAUCCAUAUUAUAAAGACUAUAAUAUACUAUAGAUAGUGAUACUAGUAUCAAUGUGUAAUUGCUUGUGCUUGAUUAAGUUAUUAUGGGAUUAAUUUUAUGAUAUGUAAUUACUGAUAAUAUAUAUGUAAUGAGAAUAUGUGUUCUCUCUAUAACUAGUGUGUAAGCCAUUCACAACAAACACUUGGGUUAUACUUUGUCAAAAGAUACUUGGUUAUUUUUGAAGGAUGAUUAAAGGCAUUCAGAAAAAAAAGAACUUUGUGGUUGUUUCUAUUAAUGUUGAUUAAAUAUAACCAAAUAAG